UUUGUUUAUCUGUGAGUUCAGAAAGUUGGUGAAAUGUUUGCGACGCAGUGCCGUGUUAAAACUGUUUAGUAUCAGAAAGCGUGAAAGUGAAGAAGUAGCCUUUAGAAGUUCGCAUUCGCCUCUCUGAACGGAAAAGUCCUGUCGAGUGAUUACUUUCCAUUUUUAGGAAAAGACUGCCAACAUGUCAGGCAACGAUGAGGAAAUGGAAUGGGCUGAUAGCUCAACGUCUGGUGACACAAAUACCCAGGGACUCGGGAGCAAGAUUACUUCUGGGUCAAAUUCACAAGAUACCAAAGGCGAAGCUCAAGUCACUCUAAAAUUAAAGUGGUCAGAGGAUGUUCUGCCACAGAAAUGUAGAACACAGCUAGAGAAGACUCUUCAGACAUGGGCCAACAGUAAAGAUCGUCGAAACUGCGAAGUUUUAGAGGUUGACGAAAAAAGGAACGCAAAGAUAAAGAUCAAGCCUCCUCCAGCUGUGAGGGAUCUUCAGGAACUGUGUGGACAAACACUGACAAUGAAAGAUAAGAAAACAGUCACAAUCAUGUCUGUUCUUCUGACACCUUUAGAGUCAAAGACACAAAUACCAGACAACACUUCAGAGCCGCAAGAUGGAGCAAGUCAACUGGGGGGAAAACGUGAUGUCAUGACUACUAAUAUCCCUCGACAGCAGGAGACACAAAGUCCAAAGGAUCCUUCAAAUGCUCCUUCUUCUUCAUAUGUGUCAAUGUCACAAGAAGGCGCAAGUCAACUGGGGGGACAACGUGAUGAAAUGACUACAAAUAUCACUCCACAGCAAGAGACACAAAGUGCAGAGGAUCCUUCAAAUGCUCCUUCAUCUUCAUAUGUGUCAAUGUCACAAGAUGAGCAGCCUGUCAAACCAAUUAGUAGCAGUCCAGCAGCAGGUGAAGAGCCAAUCCCUGGUAUACUCCCAGUUAGACAGUUCUUGCACAUAAACCACAUCUACCAGAAGGAGAUCGAGCAAAUACUGACAAAGAAUGGAGUCACAAUGAAAGCAGAAGCACAUGUGACAUUUCCAGCAGACAAGGAAAAUGGAAGCCCACAAGAUGCUCUCUCUGACUUCACAACCCUUGUCCAGAAGGUUGAUAGUCAUUGUUCAGUUUUCCCUCUCAAGAACAGAGAUCCAAAAGAGUUGAUGGAUGCAGUGAACAUCGUCCUGGCGAAGGAGAACAAGCUUCUGCUUACUUUGUCCUCUGAAGAAAUGAUCACAUGUGGGCCAAGCCAGAGUCAAGAUGCUAUCAAAAAGUUGUUCAACACAACAACAAAUAUCAACCCCUCUGCUGAAGAGUCCACCGCAGCAACUCAAGACAGCUCUGCCAACAUUGACAUGAGCAUCGAAGAUCCUUUCCUCACCACUGGGCUCAAGUUUGAGGAAAAUUAUUGGAAAGUGAUUGGUGUGUCCUUCAGUGAGAAAUUAGAAAAGAUAAAAGCUAAAUUUGGAGUGGACAUUAAAGUGUCAGAUGUCAGUCCAGGCAAUGUCAACGUCAAAACUUGCUACAAAGGAUUUGAGAGAAAUGCAUCGAUGGAGAGCCAUGCUCUCAGAGCUCUUCUUCAUCUGUACCAGAAGAUUGCCACAUCUCACUUUAACGUCACCCAGCCUCAUGGUGCCAUGGGGUUCAAUGGCGAUGUAAGUGAGCCAGAGGGGGCCUCUGGUGGACCUGUGGGGAACGGCAAACCAGGAUACAACAUACACUACACUGAAGCACCCACAGGAGAGGGAGCCACACCAGGAGACAACAAAGAAGAAAACUGUCCUAUAUGCAUGGACACAUUCACCAAGAAGAAACAGCUCAAGUGCAAACAUGAGUUUUGUGAGGACUGUCUGAAACAGUCAAAGGAAAGUAUGGGACCCAUCUGUCCUGUGUGCAAACGUGUCUUCGGUAAGAUAGAGGGAGACCAGCCUCCUGGAACGAUGACAUCGAAGUCAUAUGGCAGGUCUCUCUCAGGAUUUCCAAACUGCGGCAGUAUAACCAUCACCUAUGAUAUUCCAGGUGGAAAGCAGACGGAAAAGCAUCCAAACCCUGGAAAGUACUUCAAUGGUCUUACGAGAACGGCAUAUCUGCCAGACAACAAAGAGGGCAAAGAAGUGCUACACCUGUUGAAGAGAGCGUUUGAUCAGAAGCUCAUUUUCACUGUUGGGACAUCAAGAACAACUGGGAUGGAAAACCAGGUGACCUGGAACGACAUUCACCACAAAACCUCGAUGACAGGAGGAACAACAUGUUAUGGGUAUCCUGAUCCGAACUACCUGAGCAGAGUCAAGGAGGAGCUAAAGGCUAAAGGCAUCGAGUGAAGGCUGACCUUUGAAGAAAGAGAACCAAUCAAUUAGUGGAAUCAGCAUACUAUUACUCUUUAAUCUUCUCUUCAGUCUUCUGCGGUUGAGUCAGAAAGCAUUUAAGUUAUGUUUAAGCGUGAUGUUUUUUCUUUAUACACUAAUCAAAUGUGACUUUGCAGAAAGAUUCCCUCUUUUUCAGUUGAUAAACUUUUGGAAUUUAUAGAAGUAAAAGAAUGGUAUUGAAUUAUAUAUGAUUGAACAUUGUGCCACCAGUACUAUGAUUGCAUGUUUGCCUUUUAAAUGAUUACACAGACUCUUGUAUUAAUCAGCAAAUGUUGUGGAAAAGAAAGACAAGACCCACUGGCUUGUUUCCUGUACAAUUUUUUUAAACUGUAUUUAGAACAAUAUCUGUUAUUUAGUUUGUAAAGUACUCCAGCAAAAAUUUAAUUAAACAUUAUUCUGCAUUAAGA